CAACCUCCCACCUCAGAAAGGCAGCGUCAGAACCAAGCAGACAUCACAUUCAAACUGAGUGAUCAUAACUUCUCAAACUCCCGUGAUUCUUGCAUUUUCCAGCUUACUUUGUUGAUUAUCUACCUCUUGUUCUUUCUUUCUUGGGACAAAGAAAAGAAUUUUGCUUGAUUCAUGGAGAACAUUCUUGGUCUGCUGAGAAUUAAGAUCCUGAGGGGGAUAAAGCUUGCUGUUAGAGAUACCAGAAGCAGCGAUCCUUAUGUGAUUGUGCGGAUGGGCAAGCAGAAAUUAAAAACUCGGGUGGUGAAGAAGAACGUGAAUCCUGAGUGGAACGAAGAACUCACACUAACAAUUUCCGAUCCAAAUCUUCCAAUCAAGUUGCAAGUUUACGAUAGAGACACGUUCACUCGAGAUGACAAAAUGGGGGAUGCAGAGUUCGACAUAAAAGAAUUCGUUGACGUACUGAAGAUGCACUUAGACAAUGUGCCGAGUGGAACCGUAAUCAAGAAUGUGAAACCAAACAGGGAAAACUGCUUGGCCGAAGAGAGCUCCAUUGUGUGGGAGAACGGCAAAGUGACUCAACAUAUGUUUCUCAGACUUAGGAAUGUUGAGUGUGGUGAAAUAGAGCUGCAGUUGCACUGGAUUGAGGUCCCUGGAUCCAGAUGUCUCUAGGGUUGUUAUUUUCGCGUAAUAAUGUACAGUCAGGUUUUGAGUGGGUGAUAAAAAUGUUUGGAUUUUAUUUUCUUCAGGAAAUGAUAAGAAAUUCUAAUUCAGAUUGAGUUCGGU